GGUCUUGUUGAUGUUGUGGCUGUGGGCUGCGUGUGUGUGUUUCUUUUUUUUUAACCACACACAAAAGAAGGGAGGAGUUAGAGGAACGAUCUAGCCACUAUGAGUCAUCCCACACUUCGCUCUUUCCCCGGGAGAGCAAAUGCAUGAGGAGAAUGUCUUGAGAAACAGAAUUCCUAACCAGCAUAAUGCUGGAGCCGGGGGCCACCAGCCUGCAGUUUUCAGAAUGGCCGAGUUGGACGCUGAUUUGGAUCGCAUCCUUCCCUCUCCUGUUCUUCCUCCUUUCUGGGCUAAGUUAGUAGUGGGAUUGGUGGCCAUUGUGUGUUUUGCACGGAGCUAUGAUGGAGACUUUGUCUUUGAUGAUUCAGAAGCUAUUGUUAACAAUAAGGACCUCCAAGCAGAAACACCCCUCAGCGACCUGUGGCACCAUGACUUCUGGGGCAGUCGACUGAGCAGCAAUACCAGCCACAAGUCCUACCGACCUCUCACCGUCCUGACUUUCAGGAUUAACUACUACCUGUCAGGAGGCUUCUACCCCGUGGGCUUUCACGUGGUCAACAUCCUUCUUCAUGGUGGCAUCUCUGUCCUCAUGGUGGACGUCUUCUCGGUUCUGUUUGGUGGCCUACAGUACACCAGUAAAGGCCGGAGGGUACACCUCGCCCCGAGGGCGUCCCUGCUGGCUGCACUGCUGUUUGCUGUCCAUCCUGUGCACACCGAAUGUGUUGCUGGUGUUGUUGGCCGUGCAGACCUCCUGUGUGCCCUGUUCUUCUUGUUAUCUUUCCUUGGCUACUGUAAAGCAUUUAGAGAAAGUACCAAGGAGGGAACACAUUCUUCCACCUUCUGGGUGCUGCUGAGUAUCUUUCUGGGAGCAGUGGCCAUGCUGUGCAAAGAGCAAGGGAUCACCGUACUGAGCUGUAAACUGAUAGAGGUGGCCAUCCUUCCUACCACGGCCCUGCCUGACAAAGGCCUGCUCUUAUCAAUGUGUGAUUUCCAAAGUCACCCUGGGCAGCUCCAUUCCAGCCAGCGGGAAGGGGAAACCAAGUGGGAAUAUGUGCCCACCUUUUACAACCAAACCUCCGAAAUGGGUUUGAAUGCAGUAUUUGACAUCUUGGUGAUAGGCAAAUUCAAUGUUCUGGAAAUUGUCCAGAAGGUACUACAUAAGGACAAGUCAUUAGAGAAUCUCGGCAUGCUCAGGAAUGGGGGCCUCCUCUUCAGAAUGACCCUGCUCACCUCCGGCGGGGCCGGGAUGCUCUAUGUGCGCUGGAGGAUCAUGGGCACCGGCCCGCCUGCCUUCACCGAGGUGGACAACCCGGCCUCCUUUGCUGACAGCGUGCUGGUGAGGGCCAUAAACUAUAAUUACUACUAUUCAUUGAAUGCCUGGCUGCUGCUGUGUCCCUGGUGGCUGUGUUUUGAUUGGUCAAUGGGCUGCAUCCCCCUCAUUAAGUCGGUCAGCGACUGGAGGGUAAUUGCACUUGCAGCGCUCUGGUUCUGCCUAAUUGGCCUAAUAUGCCAAGCCCUGUGCUCUGAAGAUGGCCACAAGAGAAGGAUCCUUACUCUGGGCCUGGGAUUUCUCGUUAUCCCAUUUCUCCCCGCGAGUAACCUGUUCUUCCGAGUGGGCUUCGUGGUCGCGGAGCGAGUCCUCUACCUCCCCAGCGUCGGGUACUGUGUGCUGCUGACUUUUGGAUUUACAGCCCUGAGCAAACACACCAAGAAAAAGAAACUCAUCGCAGCUGUUGUGCUGGGGAUCGUACUCAUCAACAUGCUGAGAUGCGUGGUGCGCAGCGGCCAGUGGCGGAGUGAGGAACAGCUUUUUAGAAGCGCCCUGUCCGUGUGUCCCCUCAACGCUAAGGUUCACUACAACAUUGGCAAAAACCUGGCUGAUAAAGGCAACCAGACAGCCGCCAUCAGAUAUUACCGGGAAGCUGUAAGAUUAAAUCCCAAGUAUGUUCAUGCCAUGAAUAAUCUUGGAAAUAUCUUAAAAGAAAGGAAUGAACUACAGGAAGCUGAGGAGCUGCUGUCUUUGGCUGUUCAAAUACAGCCAGACUUUGCUGCUGCAUGGAUGAAUCUAGGCAUAGUGCAGAACAGCCUGAAACGGUUUGAAGCAGCUGAGCAAAGUUACCGGACGGCGAUUAAACACAGAAGGAAAUACCCAGAUUGUUACUACAACCUCGGGCGUCUGUAUGCAGAUCUCAAUCGCCAUGUUGAUGCCUUGAAUGCGUGGAGAAAUGCCACCGUGCUGAAACCAGAGCACAGCCUGGCCUGGAACAACAUGAUAAUACUCCUCGACAAUACAGGUAAUUUAGCCCAAGCUGAAGCAGUUGGAAGAGAGGCACUGGGAUUAAUACCUAAUGAUCACUCUCUCAUGUUCUCGUUGGCAAACGUGCUGGGGAAAUCCCAGAAAUACAAGGAAUCUGAAGCUUUAUUCCUUAAGGCAAUUAAAGCAAAUCCAAAUGCUGCAAGUUACCAUGGUAAUUUGGCUGUGCUUUAUCAUCGCUGGGGACAUCUAGACUUGGCCAAGAAACACUAUGAAAUCUCCUUGCAGCUUGACCCCACGGCAUCAGGAACCAAGGAGAAUUAUGGUCUGCUAAGAAGAAAGCUAGAACAAAUGCAAAAGAAAGAUGUCUGAUCCUUUUUCCUUCACGUUUUGAGUUUGAGUGUGUGUGUGCAUGAGGCAUAUCAUUAAUAGUAUGUGGUUACAUUUAACCAUUUAAAAGUCUUAGACAUGUUAUUUAUUUUAUUGAUUUUUCUAUGAAAACAAAGACAUGCAAAAAGAUUACAGCACCAGCAAUAUACUCUUGAAUGCUUGAUGUGACUUUUGCAUUGAAAUUGUAUUUUUUCAGACAACUCAAAUGUAAUUCUAAAAUUCCAAAAAGUCGUCUUUUUUUUAAUUAAACAGAAAAAGAGAAAAACUAUCUUGAGCAACUUUGAGUAGAAUUGAACAUACAUUUAGGAUCUGAGCCUUGUCGUGUAUGGACCAGCAAGCACUACUAAACUUCAGUUAUGGCCGAGAAAGGACAGGCUGACUCCUGCAAUUUGUCUAAAUAAUGAACAUGUCUGUAUAUUAGCAUUUUUAUUUAAUGACAAAACAAAUUAAGAUUCUUGUUUUUUAUCUCUUUUUUUAAACAAUAUACUAUGAACCGCGUUUGUAAGGAAAUAUUUAUUUGUAUUUUUAUGUUUUGAAUAGGGCAAAUAAUUGAAUGAGGAAUGGAAAUUUUAACGUUAGUGUAUCUAUUUGCUUAUCCCCAUAGGAAGAAAUCGACUCUUGCAGUAGUUUUUGAAUGCUCUGACUUGUGCAAUUUCAAUAUAUAGGAGGUUAUAUAUAAUGUUUUACAUAGACAGUUACUAUCAAUAGAAAGUUGAAGCCACACUUUAGGCAAGAGCAGGCAGCCUCACAUCUUUAUUUUUGUUACAUCCAGGGUUAAGAGGGCAACACAUCUAUGUAAGCUGCUUUUUAGUGUUUUUAACUGUAAAGCCAUUUUCCAUUCCGAUUAAUGAAACUACAGACAUUAUCCGGAAAAUGCAAAAUUUUCUCUCAAAUGGAGCCACAUUCGGGAAAUUUGUGGUAUUUUUAGGAAUUGAGUUGUUCCUGCUGUUUUAUUUCAUCCAAACAAUGUUUUGUUCUUCUGUGUAUGCUGUUGACCGAAUGAUUUCUGCAAUCUCUAUAAUUUCUUACACAGUAAAAUUAUUACACUAACUAGCAUGAAAAUGCCAUAUUGCCUUCUUAAUCAAUGAUUUUUAAGUAGUGAACUUUGUAUCCUCCUUUACCUUAAAAUGAAAUCAAAGUGACCAGAUCA